GAUGACUUUGUCGAUGAAAGCCGUCGAGUGCCCAGCAGAGAGCAGACCAAGGAAAUUCAUGCCUUGUCGCUUUGGCAGCUCAAGCGAGGCUUCAUGGAAGAUCAGAAUGGCCAGCGCCUCUACAAGUGGAAGGCCGGCGUGUCCUCGAUUGAGAAGGGUGCCUUGCGCAUCGGUCGGCGGUUCCUGAAUGUGAAUCAG